AGGACCAGUGGUUUCAGUUCCAUAUCAAGUUCUUUAAAAGACAUAUCAACCAUUACUUCAUUAGAGAACUCGACUACAACAAUGCAGCCAUUAUUGUCAUCAUCACAAUUGUUUAGAAAAGGGUCACCUAUAUAUAAAUCUACGUUUGGUCCUGAAGUAACACAAUCAAUCGCAUCCUCUACAUACACUAAAAUAAUAGCCAGUACCUACAGAUCGACACAGUUUAGCUCUGAGAAAAGCACAACUUUCAAGUCAACAAUUCUUCCAAUUUCAACAACAGGAUUUGAAAUAUCAUCGACUGGUGUCAUAUCAACAACUCCUAAAAGUAUGCAAUCCUCAGCAUCCAUUCCAAGAAGUUUCAGUUCUCAAGUGACAACUUCCUUCGAAUCGACACCAUUUGAAACUUCCUCAGUAAAUUAUACGACACAAUCUACAAAAUAUAUUUCUAUGACGACACUUUCAGAAACGUCAAUACCAACCAUUUCCAGUUCACAAUUCACUAGCUCUUUGAAAUCUACGCAGUUUGAAUCUUCUACAAUGACCGAAUUUGAUUCAUCAUCAAAGAGUAGCUUUAUACCGACGCACAUGAGUACUUUGAAUUCUACUUUAUCUAGCUACGGAUCAACUGAAUUUGAAUCUACGAUAAUGUCUAUAUCAACAGAUGUGACUACAGGCGAAAAAGGAACACCUAUUAGCAAGUCAACUCGUCUCCCCAUUUCAACCACAGAGAUUGAAAUGUCAUCGACCGAUUUAAGAUCAUCGACUCCGGAAAUAACAUCAUUCACAUCUGUACCAACAAGUUACAGUUCUCGAAUGAUUUCAACCUUUGAGUCGACGCUAUUUGAAUCUUCAACAACAACUGAUAUUAUACAAUCAACUGAAUAUACUUCGUUGACGACACUUUCAGAAUCUUCCAUACCAACUAUCUCCAGCUCACAAUUUACUAGUUCUUUAAAAUCUACACAGUUUGAAUCUUCUACAAUUACUGAAUUUGUUCCAUCAUCAAAAAGCAGUUUUAUACCGACCCAAAUAAGCACUUUGAAAUCUAGUUUAUCUAGCUACGGAUCCACUGGAUUUGAAUCUACGAUAAUGUCUAUAUCAACAGAUGUGACUACAGGCGAAAAAGGAACACCUAUUAGCAAGUCAACUCGUCUCCCCAUUUCAACCACAGAGAUUGAAAUGUCAUCGACCGAUUUAAGAUCAUCAACUCCGGAAAUAACAUCAUUUACAUCUGUACCAACAAGUUACAGUUCUCAAAUGAUUUCAACCUUUGAGUCGACGCUAUUUGAAUCUUCAACAACAACUGAUAUUAUGCAAUCAACUGAAUAUACUUCGUUGACGACAUUUUCAGAAUCUUCAAUACCAACUAUCUCCAGUUCACAAUUAACUAGUUCUUUAAAAUCUACGCUGUUUGAAUCUUCUACAAUAACUGAAAUUGUGCCAUCAACAGAAAGCAGUUUUAUACCGACCCAAAUAAGCACUUUAAAAUCUAGUUUGUCUAGCUACGGAUCCACUGGAAUUGAAUCUACGAUAAUAUCUAUAUCAACAGAUGUGACUACAGGCGAGAAAGGAACACCUAUUAGCAAGUCAACUCGUCUCCCCAUUUCAACCACAGAGAUUGAAAUGUCAUCGACCGAUUUAAGAUCAUCGACUCCUGACAUAACAUCAUUCACAUCUGUACCAACAAGUUACAGUUCUCGAAUGAUUUCAACCUAUGAGUCGACGCUAUUUGAAUCUUCAACAACAACUGAUAUUAUACAAUCAACUGAAUAUACUUCGUUGACGACACUUUCAGAAUCUUCAAUUCCAACUAUCUCCAGUUCACAAUUUACUAGUACUUUAAAAUCUACUCAGUUUGAAUCUUCUACAAUAACUGAAUUUGUUCCAUCAUCAAAAAGCAGUUUUAUACCGACCCAAAUCAGCACUUUGAAAUCUAGUUUGUCUAGCUACGGAUCUACUGAAUUUGAAUCUACGAUAAUGUCUAUAUCAACAGAUGUUACUACAGGCGAGAAAGGAACAUCUAUUAGCGAGUCAACACGUCUUCCCAUUUCAACCACAGAGAUUGAAAAGUCCUCGACCGAUUUAAGAUCAUCGACUCCGGAAAUAACAUCAUUCACAUCUGUUCCAACAAGUUACAGUUCUCGAAUGAUUUCAACCUUUGUGUCGACGCUAUUUGAAUCUUCAACAACAACUGAUAUUAUACAAUCAACUGAAUAUACUUCGUUGACGACACUUUCAGAAUCUACCAUACCAACUAUCUCCAGCUCACAAUUUACUAGUUCUUUAAAAUCUACACAGUUUGAAUCUUCUACAAUUACUGAAUUUGUUCCAUCAUCAAAAAGCAGUUUUAUACCGACCCAAAUAAGCACUUUGAAAUCUAGUUUAUCUAGCUACGGAUCCACUGAAUUUGAAUCUACGAUAAUGUCUAUAUCAACAGAUGUUACUACAGGCGAAAAAGGAACACCUGUUAGCAAGUCAACUCGCCUCCCCAUUUCAACCACAGAGAUUGAAAUGUCAUCGACCGAUUUAAGAUCAUCAACUCCGGAAAUAACAUCAUUCACAUCUGUACCAACAAGUUACAGUUCUCAAAGGAUUUCAACAUUUGAGUCGACGCUAUUUGAAUCUUCAACAACAACUGAUAUUAUACAAUCAACUGAAUAUACUUCGUUGACGACAUUUUCAGAAUCUUCAAUACCAACUAUCUCCAGUUCACAAUUAACUAGUUCUUUAAAAUCUACGCUGUUUGAAUCUUCUACAAUAACUGAAUUUGUGCCAUCGUCAGGAAGCAGUUUUAUACCGACCCAAAUAAGCACUUUGAAACCUAGUUCGUCUAGCUAUGGAUCCACUGAAUUUGAAUCUACGAUAAUGUCUAUAUCAACAGAUGGUACUACAGGCGAGAAAGGAACAAUUAUUAGCAAGUCAACUCGUCUCCCCAUUUCAACCACAGAGAUUAAAAAGUCAUCGACCGAUUUAAGAUCAUCGACUCCGGAAAUAACAUCAUUCACAUCUGUACCAACAAGUUACAGUUCUCGAAUGAUUUCAACCUUUGAGUCGACGCUAUUUAAAUCUUCAACAACAACUGAUAUUAUACAAUCAACUGAAUAUACUUCGUUGACGACAUUUUCAGAAUCUUCAAUACCAACUAUCUCCAGUUCACAAUUAACUAGUUCUUUAAAAUCUACGCUGUUUGAAUCUUCUACAAUAACUGAAUUUGUGCCAUCGUCAGGAAGCAGUUUUAUACCGACCCAAAUAAGCACUUUGAAACCUAGUUCGUCUAGCUACGGAUCCACUGGAUUUGAAUCUACGAUAAUAUCUAUAUCAACAGGUGUUACUACAGGCGAAAAAGGAACACCUAUUAGCAAGUCAACUCGUCUCCCCAUUUCAACCACAGAGAUUGAAAUGUCAUCGACCGAUUUAAGAUCUUCGACUAUGGAAAUAACAUCAUUCACAUCUUUACCAACAAGUUACAGUUCUCGAAUGAUUUCAACCUUUGAGACGACGCUAUUUGAAUCUUCAACAACAACAACUGAUAUUAUACAAUCAACUGAAUAUACUUCGUUGACGACACUUUCAGAAUCUUCAAUACCAACUAUCUCCAGUUCAAAAUUUACUAGUUCUUUAAAAUCUACACAGUUUGAAUCUUCUACAAUUACUCCAUUUGUUCCAUCAUCACAAAGCAGUUUAAUACCGACCCAAAUCAGUACUUUGAAACCUAGUUCGUUUAGCUACGGAUCCACUGGAUUUGAAUCUACGAUAAUAUCUAUAUCAACAGAUGUUACUACAGGCGAAAAAGGAACACCUAUUAGCAAGUCAACUCGUCUCCCCGUUUCAACCACAGAGAUUGAAAUGCCAUCGACCGAUUUAAGGUCAUCGACUCCGGAAAUAACAUCAUUCACAUCUGUACCAACAAGUUACAGUUCUCGAAUGAUUUCAACCUUUGAGUCGACGCUAUUUGAAUCUUCAACAACAACAGAUAUUAUACAAUCAACUGAAUAUACUUCGUUGACGACACUUUCAGAAUCUUCAAUACCAACUAUCCCCAGUUCACAAUUUACUAGUUCUUUAAAAUCUACACAGUUUGAUUCCUCAACAAUUACUGAAUCUGUUCCAUCAUCAAAAAGCAGUUUUAUACCAACUCAAAUAAGCACUUUGAAAUCUAGUUAUAGUUCGACAAAUAUUGAAUCUACGAUAUCAUUUAUAGAAACACAGUCAACCACAGGCGAAAAAGAAACGUCUGUAAUCAGUACGACCAUUAUUCCCUUUUCAACAACGGAGAUUGGAAAAUCGUCCACCUUUAUUCCAACACGCGUCAGUUCUCAAAUAACAACUGUUGAGCAAUCCACUACUGGAAGAACUUCUUUGACAACAAAAAGUAUAAAAUCAACAGUCUUUAGUACAAGAAUAUCAACUUUAAGGUAUAGCUCUACUCAUAAUGAAUCUACGAUCACAUUUUCAACAACAGAUUCAACUAUUUCCAGGAAAAGAGAAACACUUAUUAGCAAGUCGUCUGUUUUAACAACAGAAAUUGGAAUAUCUUCAUCUGAUUUCAGUUCAACGACUCCUAUGCGUACAUCUUUAUUCACAUUUGUACCAUCAGAAAACAAUUCCAAAAUAACAACUUCCUUUGAGAAAAUAUAUAACCAAACUACCGGCAAUAAAGGAACACCUAUCAUCAAGUCAACGUUCUUACCUGCUUCAACAACAAACAUUUCAACCAAGAUUAAAUCAAGUACUUUCAAACCAUCAGAUUUCAGCACACGUGUUGCCACUUCUGAAUAUAAAUCAAGCACGGUACCACCUACUGAAAUAAGCCCACCUAGUGUUAGUAGCACACACAUUAUAACUUCUACUUUUUCUAAACCUACAACAAUUAAUCUUAAAACAACAACAUCGGAUGUUAUUAAAACAGAAUUAAGUAGUUUAAGCUCACCAGACACAAGCAAAAUCAUAUACUCUUCUACCGAAGCAGGUACAUCUACAAUAACAACGACAACGUCAACAACAAUAGUUGCAACAAAAAUUGAAUCAAGUACUUUUGUACCAUCAAUAUUUAGUACACCUAUAGUAACGUCAAUUGUAACCUCUAAAAAUAUAUCCAUAAGAACAACCAUGGAAUCUAAAUCAAGUACUAUAAGACCAACUGACACUACCUUACAUAAAGUAAGUACAAACAUAUAUUCGUCGAUUUCUGCUGAACCUUCAACUAAUAAAUUUGAAACAACCGAAUAUACUUCUGAUAUAACUGUAACAAUCACAAAAGUUUCUAAAAGGACAUUGACGCCAACAGAAGGCAUUUCACCAGAAAUAAGUUCAAUCAGAUACAGUUCAACAGAAACUGUUUCUGCAAAGCCGACAUCAAAUACGACAACUCGUUUUGAAACCAAACCAAGCACUUCGACAGAAUCCAGCCCUUUCAUGAAAGGUAGUCCUAUUAGUAAAUUCACAGUCCUUACAGAAUUAACAUCGACAAUAGGAAAAACUACCAUUCUGUCUAAUAUUAGCUCUUUCCCAACGACUGAAACUAGCCCACUUGAAGUUAGCAGAACCAUAUAUUUUUCUACUGAACCUAAAGCUAAAACAACUCUAACAACAACAACAAUAACAAAUGUGAACAUAACGGAAACAAGUAGUUUUGAACCAUCGGUAUACAGUUCUCCUGCUACUGAUAUUAUUUCCGUGAAAACAACAAUUGAAUCUAAAUCAAGUACUUCACGAACUACGGAGAAUUUUACAUCUAAAUUAAUCACAAAUUUAUAUACUUCCUUAAUUACCGAACCUCCUACUAAUAGUAGUGAAACAAGUACUACGAAGUUUACUAAAACAGAAGCUAGUAGUACAACUUCAUCAGUAUUUAGUACACCAAUCGUAACAUCGAGUGUUAUUACUAAAACGAUUUUGACAACGACAUCAUUUAAAUCUAAAUCAAGCAGUUUAAGCCCAACUGAAUUUAGCACACCUAUCGUAACGACGAAUGUAACCUCUGAUUACAUAUCCGUUAAAACAACACUUGAACCUAAAUCAAGCACGUUACAACUAACUGACAUAAGCUCCCCUAGAACAAGUAUAAACGUAUAUACUUCAACCUUUACUGAUUCUACUUCUGUCGUAGCUGAAACAACCACAACAACAGCAGCGACAACUUCAAAUAUUACAAAAACGAGUAGUGUUAAAUCAUCUGUGUUCAGUACCCCUGUUGUAACAUCGAUUUUUACACCUGAGAUAUCCACAACAACAACCACAGUAAUCGAAACUACAUCAAGCAGGAUACGGUCGACUAAACUUAGUUCUCCUGAAAUAAGUACAGCAAUUGAAGGAUCCACUUUAACAGAGCUUCCUUUCACUGUGACAACAACAAUGACAGCUGUUACAAAAACGGUAUCUGGCAGUUCAAAACCAUCGAUAUUUACCAGUCCGGAAAGCACUACUAUGAAAUUUACAAAAAGGAGCACUCCAAUAGAGGUAUCUACAACGGAAAAUGGUACACAAAGUAUUCUAUCAACAACAUUUUCUACUUUUGAAAAAACUUCAGUUAAGUACACAUCUUUUAUAACCGAUAAAAGUAGUACCGAAGAUAAAACAACAACCACGUCUGCAACUGUUACAAGUACGUUUAAACCUACUGUCUUUAGUACAUCGAAGUUUACUACAAUUAUUGCAUCAACAGAACCUACAAAAUUUUUGUCAACUUUAUCUUCAACUACUAUCUCACAAGCAACUUCAAAAGAGACACCAGAAACAUCAAAAAGUAGCUCAACUGUUACUUCAUCUCAAACAAUAACCGCCAUUGAAACAGUAACUGGAGAACCAUUCACAUCAACAAUUGAACCAACGCUAAUUUCUACAUUUUCCACUGCUACAUCGAUGGCUCCAAGACCGGAAACUGCAAGUCUAUCACCAAUACGGACAACCACAUCCUUUUAUUCAACUUUAACAACUGAUAUAGUUCCUGUUACAUCAAGAUUUUAUUCAACUGACUUCACAACACCUACAUUGCCCGUUAUCACGACGAGGCGGAGUUCCCGCAUCACAUCACCAAGUACGUUUACAUCAACCAAACCAACUUCAGGCUCUUCGACAUCUAAAAGAACAUCUAGCUCAACUACAUCAGCUCCCGAGACAACAACAACUACUAAACCGAAACAAAGUACAAUGUUUAUAUCCUCAACAAUGUUUCCAGUCACAGGAUCAUCAUUCUUUCCAGCUUCGUUGUCUUCUGCUUCUCUAUCUAUUAUACAGAUAACUACAACCACAACUAUAUCAACAAGUUCAACACUUUCUUCAUCCUCCACCACAUCAACCUCUGCUAAAACAUCAACGACUUCAUCUUCAACUACAUCAACAACAUCUUCUACUUCUUCAACAACUUCUUCUACUACGUCAACAACUUUAACGUCAACUACAUCUGUGACUACUUCAACAACACCUACUACCACUUCAACAACUUCGACGUCAACUUCAUCUUUAACUACUUCAACAACAUCACCUAGUACUUCAACAACUUCGACGUCAACUACAUCUUCAACUACAUCAACAUCAUCUACUUCCUCAACAACUUCGACAUCAACAACAUCUUCAACUACAUCUUCUACUACUUCAACAACUUCAACGUCAACUACAUCUUCAACUGCAUCAACAACAUCAACCACAUCCUCAACAACUUUGACGUCAACUACACCUUCUACUACUUCAACAACUUCAACGUCAACUACAUCUUCAACUACAUCAACAACAUCCUCUACUUCCUCAACAACUUCGACGUCAACAACAUCUUCAACUACUUUAACUACAUCUUCUUCUACCUCAACAACUUCGACGACAACUACAUCUUCAACUACAUCAACAACAUCCUCUACUUCCUCAACAACUUCGACGUCAACAACAUCUUCAACUACUUCAACUACAUCUUCUUCUACCUCAACCACUUCAACGUCAACUACAUCUUCAACUACAUCAACAACAUCCUCUACUUCCUCAACAACUUCGACGUCAACAACAUCUUCAACUACAUCAACAACAUCUUCUACUUCCUCAACAACUUCGACGUCAACAACAUCUUCAACUACUUCAACUACAUCUUCUACCUCAACAACUUCGACGUCAACUACAUCUUCAACUACAUCAGUAACAUCUUCUUCUACCUCAUCAACUACAACGUCAACUUCAUCUUCAACUACUUCAACAACAUCUUCUACUACUUUAACAACAACACCGACAACAACAUCAUCUACGUCUACAAUUACUACUACUUUAACUACAACAACGACAUCCUUUACAACAAGCUCUGUUCCAACAACAACCACAGAUACAUGUUGCUGCGAAAAACGUAGACAUGGACAUCUUGUUAUCUUGGCACAGAUAAUAAACGAAAUUCAACUGACAAAUGACAUUGUUGUACCAAUAAGAAAGUUGCCUGAUGGAAAAGUUGCUGUCGUGGAAGCGACAGUGGUAACUGAAACCGUAUACGAAAUACCAAUAGACAUCAAGGACAUUUCUAAGAACCAAGCUCAAGUUAUAGAGGCUUCAUUAGUACCAUGUUCAAGCGAAAGAAAGAGCUACAAGAUACCAACAGACGACGACAUAGAACCCGACAAGGUAACCGAUGGUGACGAUAAGAUAGUAAAGAUAACAGAAGCUAAGUUAAUCCCGUGCCCUGAUGAUGACAGAAACGCACUAAAGAUUCCUAUAACUUCUGACAAAAUAAUCGGACCCGACAAAGCAACCGAUGGCAGUGACAAAUCUGUUGUGAUUACAGAGGCUGAGUUUAUUCCAUGUCCUGAUGAUGAACAACAAGAAGUUUUAAAUAUACCACUUGACAGUCCUGACACAGUAACCAAUGAGAACAAUGGCACUGUUGAGAUAAAUGAAGCUAAAUUAGUUCCUUGUUCAGAUGAUGGAGACGUUUACACUAUACCAGUUUCAACGGAUUCAGAUAUACUAGGUCCAGAUAAGGCUACAGAUGGUACUGAAGAAGCCAGUAAUGACACAGUUAAAGUAACAACAGCAGAACUGGUGCCUUGUUCGGAUAAAAAUGAUAAUGCGGAUGAUCAAGCACCAACAAACACUGAUACGACAAAAGAGGGGUCUGACAAUGGAGGAGUAACAGUUAAUGAAGAAGAAGAUAUUUACGAGAUACCAUUAGAAAAAGAUCCUGAGGAGGUAACAUAGUACCAAUUGCGAU